UCAACGUUCAACGAGCGCGAUGUAAUUUUGUCUCGGUGUAGGCAGCAUAGUCAGGAGACGAGGAGCGCCUUGGGGAGCUCGCGGUAGCCAGUUAGACGGCAGAGAGAAGAGUGGAGCGCGUGCGAGAGAGAGAGAGAGAGAGAGAGGCAGAGGCAACGGCAACGGCAACGGCAACAACAACAACAGGAUGUAAACAGAUUUCUACAUCGAUAUAAAGUUCUCAUCUGCUUAACUAUAAGGAUGGGGUAAAGACUGAAGCAGACACCAUUUGCCAUAUACACCUGUAGCGUCUCCUGACAACAGGUGGUGAAUGCUGGCACCAUGCACGGACCUCGAAGAAGGCUGAAGGUUGUCGUGAUGACCAUAAUGACUGCGUUCUUCUUCAUCAUAGUGGAAGUUUCAAGAAUCGCCAGCCAAGAUAAACAUGGCCAGAACAAAAUCCGAAUCCCCACCAAGCCGUUCUGGGGCAAACUGUCUCCAAACAACGCCUACUGGAACCGGCAUCAGCAGAAGCUGGACCAUUUGAACAACCCGAUCCUGAAUGGACAUAACGCCUCGCUCGGUCGUCUACUGCCAGACUGGCUAAACGACACGGUAGCCCAAGACUCCUGCGAGCCGGACUACCGGGUCAUGUCACAGGUGGAGAAUUUUAGCUUGCUUCCAGAUCGUUUUAAAGACUUUCUGUUGUACGUGCGAUGCAGGUCGUAUCGCAUGGUCACGGACCAGCCUCAGAUAUGCAAAAAUCAGCCUUUUUUGUUGCUGGCCAUCAAAUCCUUGGCAUCUCAUUUUGACCGGCGUCAGGCGAUACGUCAGUCCUGGGGUCGAGCCGGUGUUUUAGCAAACAAGACCAUAGUGACUGUGUUUCUUCUUGGCAACGCCACUGCUGUGGACAAUUUUCCAGACUUAUCACCGAUGUUGGCGUAUGAGAGCUCCAUGCACGGAGACAUCCUUCAGUGGGACUACAGGGACUCCUUUUUUAACCUGACCAUCAAGGAGGUCCUUUUCCUUGAGUGGUUCAACACUCGCUGUCCAAAUGCUAGCUUCAUCUUCAAAGGUGAUGAUGAUGUUUUCGUUAACACUUUACUUAUUGUAAACUUCCUCAAGGGUCUGUCGCCUGCCAAGGCACAGGACCUGUUUGUUGGGGAUGUCAUAACGAAUGCUGGACCUCACCGGGACAAGAAGGUUAAGUACUACAUCCCUGAGAGCAUUUAUGUUGGGAAGUAUCCACCAUACGCGGGUGGUGGAGGGUACCUUUACUCCGGAACAGUCGCCAAGGGGCUCCAUGGGAUCAUGAACAAGGUGACACUGUACCCCAUCGAUGAUGUCUACACGGGCAUGUGCCUGAGGAAACUGGGACUUGCCCCGCAGAAGCACAAGGGUUUCCGAACUUUCGGCAUCGAGGAGAAAUACCGUAACAAUCCAUGUGCCUAUAAGAGCCUGAUGCUGGUUCACCCGAGAAGUCCGCAGGACAUGAUAAAAAUAUGGGAGUGGCUUAAAAAUACUGCUUUAAACUGUCAGUGAAUGUUCACACGAGGCCUUUCAACAACCUCAGGGUUGCUAGUCUGUAUUUGGCAGCUAAGCUUAUUAUUAUUAUUAUUAUUAUUAUUAUUAUUAUUAUUAUUAUUAUUAUUGAUUGUGUGUAAGAGCUGAGCUUGGUCUGUUUGUGCAUCAUCACAACUCUCGAAGUGAUCAACUUCUUUACGUUAUGUCUCCAAUAGUGUUAAAGGUUUUUACACUGAACACACGUUGCUCCGUCACGGUACCGUAUGUUCAUGGGAAGUUCAGCUGGUUUGAACUUGGUGCUGAUUUUUAAAAAAAACAAACAAACAAAAAAAAAACAAUCACCAUAGUCGAGCGUGCGCUGUUAUUAGUCGUUUUAUUUAUUUUCUUCUUGUGUGAUAUAGGACCAUGAAUGCUGGUAGAAAUUAUUUGUGAUAAUUCCCCCCCCAAAAAAAGAAUAAAAAAUAAAAGCUUUUGAGUCAUGAAGGUUAAGCUACACAAAAACAGGACCUGCUGUAAACCGCGCCGCAUGAUGUAAUGUAUUGUGAAACGGUUGUCUUAUCAGCGGUCGUGUCAUUCUCUCACACGUUAGCAGGUUUAAUUUUUUAUUUUCAAGGUCCACCUUGUCACUAAUGUUUGUUUUGCCUGAAGAUUCUGUCCUAAUUCUGCUCCGACUCCAGAACGAAGUAGAACGAAAGGAGCUUGUUACAGUUCCGCUUAUCACUUUAGUUGAAUUUAGUUUCUGACAAAGUAUUGUGGGUCAGGACAGUUUUCUUGGUCACGUAAUGACUGAUGUUAAAUGUAAGCUAUUUGUUUGUAUGACGGGUUAUUUAUUUCUUUACACGGUCAGUUUUUACGUUUGGAAUCGAAUCGAGACGGCACGUCGUCGUCUGUCUGUCGAGCCAAAGUGCAUCAUGCUGUGCCGACUUAAUUCCGUUCGCACCCUUUGACUGGAAGCUGUACGACACCAAAACGCUUGUGCCUUACAAUCGACAAAGUGAGCUCCAUUAAAAAGGUCAUUUUCCUAUUUCAGUAUUCAUCUGUCUGUGACAGGAAUUAAACCGGAUUGGAUGCCGUAGUUUAUUUAUCGCUUGGGUUUGUUUGUCAGAGACCCAUAAGCGUGACCACCUUAUCUUUUUCCUAUCCCAUGACCAAAAACGAUUGUGCUCAUUAUUGUCACUACCAGGACAUGACUGAAGUCAUAUGGGCUACAGCGACACCUACUGGUCAGGUGUUUCAAGCACACCCUGAUCACCUUUUAUCUAUCAAGACACUGGACUCUUCUUUCCAUGACAUGACACUCGAGCACUCGUAUAUCUGUGUGAGUGUCUGAAUGUCAGAAUGCACUGUCUGGACCCCACCCCCACCCCCAUAUACAUUGUUCUUCACUGCUGGAUCUAAAAAUUUUCUAAUUUUGCACGUCGCUUGAAUUAAUGUUUACACACCAGGAUUUAUAAAUAAAGAAAUAGUCAAAAAGAGAUGACUAUAUUUAUAGACUGUAUAGUUUUAACUACCGUUAUUUAUGAAGCAGUGUAACUAUCCUGUUGGAGUACUCUGGCUCGGAAAUCUUGCAAUUCUUGAACCAGGACCGUUCUGAUUGUCACGAUGAACUUGAACGCUUGUGUCAAAGGAUUAUGUUUCAUAUUUCAAUAGCUACUGUAGUGGCCUCGUCAUCGGUCUCGUUAUUUUAACGCACACUUGUUCAUACAGACCAAAAAUUACACUGUAGUUUAAUUCAAUGUUAAAUUAUAUGAAUAGAAAAUUUUAUUUUGGAUCUUAUCAUUAUUACGCUAAUUAUCCGAUAAUAUAUGUGAUCUGAUGAUGCUGGAAGGAAAUGGUUUGCUCUGAGCUCCAUGUGCUCUCGGUAACUGCGAUGUUUGUUUCGUGUGUCUUUUAAUCGAAGUGGCUCAGGUCUCAGUUUCCUGUAGCUGUAAAAAAAAAAUAAAAAAUUAAAUAAAGUUGAACAGUUUUAAAAGAAUGCAGCAAAAAAAAAGCUAAGAUCAUAAUUAAAGAACAUUUUAUAACAAGUAGACCUUUUUUUUUUAUUUUCCAAUAGGCCGUUGUUUCUCUUACUGUACCUGCUGUCUGGUUACAAAUGCUGCACCUUUCUUUUGUGUUUCUCUCCCUGAUUUAAAUAAAAUAAAUCUUAAAUGA